AUGCCAUCCUCCAUCGCCGAGUCCUCGGAUGAAGCUAUCAGCAUUUCAGUCUGCUAUUUUGGUAAUGAGUUUCCCCACGGUGACAUGAAUGAUGUGUUCCGACGGCUUCAUAACCACAGCAAAAACAGACAACAUCUGUUGUUAGCCAACUUUAUUGAAGCCGCCACUUUGGUUAUCCGGGAGGAAGUUCGGUCACUGUCGGCCAAUUUGAGGGCUUUGUUUCCGCCAUUUGAGACAGUAUUUAGCCUCGCAAACAAUGCCGACCUACGAAGUGGCCCUCUCAGUGAUUGUGUGGACGGGAUGCUCGUUUGUGCAGUUCAACUUGCAACCUUCAUCGGGCACUAUGAACGCAGCAGUAAGAGCCCACUUGAUUCUCAGGGUGCGGACCUGUGUGUAGCUGGUCUGGGGACUGGCCUUCUGUCGGCUGCCGCUGUUUCGCUCUCCCAUACAUUGUCAGAUUUGCCUGUUGCUGGGUCUGAGGCUGUCCGUAUAGCGUUUAGACUUGGCUUAGUGGUCAAUGAGGUUUCACAAAACCUGCAGCCUUCCAACGACGCUCAAACUGGUAAUAGCUGGGCAUAUGUUGUUCCAGGGGUUGCCCAUGAAGAAGUUCAAAAUGAGCUUGAUGCCAUGCAAGAAGCUGAGGAAUUCCCCAUCCUGAAUAAGGUGUUUAUCAGUGCUUGGAGUCGAGGGUCAGUUACUGUCAGCGGACCACCAGCGCGACUGAAGCACAUUUUCCUCGCAUCUGACUUCUUGCGAGACCGCAAGUUCAUUGCUCUGCCAGUCUACGGAGGUUUAUGUCACGCAAGACAUAUCUACACGAAGGAGCAUGUCGAUCGCAUCCUCCAAUCCAAGUCAAGCGAACAGCUUGAUACCAGGCUCAUGCCGCGUGCUCCCUUGUUUUCAACCAGCACCGGCCAGCCAUUUCUAGCAACAAGCGCCAGUGGGCUUCUCCAUAACACGGUAGAGGAAUUACUGACCCAAACGAUUCAUUGGGACAAGGUUGUCCAGGCAAUCGUACAGCGGGCAAACGAUGUCAGAGUGUCUGAGUGUGUGGUACUUACGCUACGGCCAUCUUUACCCGCUCACGAUCUGGUCGAGGCGCUGAGCUUCAAGUCGAAUGGAUUCCAAACAACAACGCAAGACGCUCUGGAAUGGGUUUCCCAGUCUGAAAGCUUUUCAGAAUGCACCAGAGGUACCCAACAAGCGAAAAUUGCUAUUAUUGGCAUGUCGUGUCGUAUGCCCGGAGGUGCGAACACCACCGACAAGUUCUGGGAUGUUUUGAACGAGGGUCUCGAUGUGCAUGAAAAGGUCCCGGCUGAUCGAUUUGAUGUUGGAUCACACUGUGAUCCCACUGGCAAGCGUGCGAACACUAGCCAUACACCGUACGGCUGCUUCAUUGACGAGCCUGGCCAAUUUGAUGCGCCUUUCUUCAACAUGUCACCGCGCGAGGCUAUGCAAACAGACCCUAUGCAGAGACUAGCACUUGUAACAGCCUAUGAAGCUCUGGAACGAGCUGGCUAUGUUGCGGACCGUACGGCAUCAACCGACCUACAUCGUAUAGGUACUUUCUAUGGCCAAGCUAGUGACGACUACCGGGAAGUCAACACAAGCCAGGAUAUAGGGACCUAUUUUAUUACUGGGGGAUGUCGUGCCUUUGGUCCAGGUCGUAUCAACUACUUUUUCAAAUUCUCGGGACCGAGCUAUAGCAUCGAUACAGCAUGUUCGUCUGGACUGGCCGCAAUAAAUGUAGCCUGCAACUCCCUUUGGAACGGAGACACGGAUAUGGCAGUGGCAGGGGGAAUGAACGUGUUGACCAAUUCGGACGCGUUCGCUGGACUGAGCAAUGGCCACUUCCUAUCAAGGACACCGAAUGCAUGCAAGACAUGGGAUUGCGAAGCGGAUGGUUAUUGCCGAGCUGACGGUGUUGCAUCGCUUGUCAUGAAACGGCUGGAAGACGCCCAAGCCGACAACGAUAACAUUCUGGGUGUCAUUCUCGCGGCUGGAACAAAUCACUCGGCGGAGGCAAUUUCCAUCACACAUCCUCAUGCAGGUCAUCAAGCAUACCUCACGCGACAGAUCCUCUCCCAAGCUGGGGUGGAUCCUUUGGAUGUCAGUUACGUGGAAAUGCACGGAACUGGUACGCAGGCGGGCGAUGGUCAAGAGAUUAAGUCUGUCUCUGAUGUCUUCGCCCCAUUAACAAAUGCCAAGCGCCGCAGUCUGAAUCAGCCACUAUAUAUAGGUGCGGUGAAGGCAAAUGUUGGUCAUGGUGAAGCUGUUGCGGGUACAACAGCGCUGCUCAAGCUGUUGCUCAUGUUCGACAGAGAGGUCAUUCCGCCACAUAUCGGUAUCAAGAACGCAAUCAACCCGGCGUUUUCCAGGGAUCUUGAUAGAAGGAAUAUUCAAAUACCGUACCAGAGAAUAUCUUGGCGAAGGACUUCGGACAGGAAACGUGUUGCUGUUGUGAAUAACUUCAGUGCUGCCGGGGGAAACACGAGCAUUGUCAUUGAAGAGCCACCCGUGCAAACCGAAGUUUGCAAUCAGGACCCUCGCACCAGCCACAUUAUUGCAGUUUCGGCUAAGAGCAAGGUUUCGUUAAAAGGAAACCUGCAGCGCCUCAUCGCCUACCUGGAGGCAAACCCGAAUGUCUCACUGUCGAACUUGGCGUACACAACUACCGCUCGGCGUCAUCAUCAUAACCACCGUGUGGCCGUGCCCACAUCAGAUGUGAAGCAUUUAAUAAGGCAGUUGAAUUGUUCUCUUCAAUCAGCGGAAUCCCAUGAAGGAAUCCCCUCAACUGGACCGACGCCAGUGAUAUUUGCCUUCACAGGGCAGGGGGCAUCUCAUCGGUCUAGUAACUUGGAACUUUUCCGAGAUUCUCCGUAUUUUCAAUUACAAGUUCGGCACUUUGACACGCUGUGCCAGGCUCAAGGUUUCCCAUCCAUAAUUCCUGUCAUUGAUGGAAGCUAUCCUGAGGACCACGCGCACUCACCUACAGUCACACAGCUUGCACUUGUAUGUGUUGAGAUGGCAUUGACAAAAUACUGGGAGUCACUAGGUAUCAGACCGGAUGUUGUGGUUGGUCACAGCCUGGGUGAGUAUGCGGCUUUGCACGCAGCAGGCGUGCUGUCUGCCAAUGAUACAAUUUUUCUUGUUGGUCAGCGAGCUAGGAUCCUGGAGAGGAAAUGCCAAGCUGGAAGCCACAAAAUGUUGGCAGUCCGAGCCUCGCUCGAAGAAGUGGUUGUUAAAGUAAAUGGGAAGCCAUUUGAGAUCGCCUGCCUCAACGGACCCAGAGACACAGUUCUGAGCGGAACAGUUGGCGAAAUUGAAGCACUGAUGGCGGAACUUGAAAUCUCUGGGAUCAAGUGCCUUCAACUGGAUGUGGCAUUUUCGUUUCACUCCAAGCAAAUGGAUCCUAUUCUCGACGAGCUGGAAGAUAUGGCUAGGACAGGGGCAAUCUUCCAUCCUCCAAAUCUACCCAUCAUCUCCCCUGUACUCGGCAAAAUCAUAUUCGAUGAGAGAACAAUCAAUGCCAAUUAUAUCUGCCGAGCAACGAGAGAGACGGUCAAUUUCAUGGGCGCCGUGGAAACGGCACUCCGUAUCUCAACGGUUGACGAAACAAUGGCCUGGAUUGAACUGGGACCACAUCCCGUCUGUGUUGGAUUUGCACAAUCGAUCAUGUCACCGAUAGGUGUUACAGCUCCAUCCCUCCGUCGAGGCGAGAAUAAUUGGCAGACUCUCUCACAAACCCUGGCUCUGCUUCAUCUCGCUGGUGUAGAAGUGAACUGGAACGAGUUCCAUCGGCCCUUCGAAAAAGACCUGCGGCUCUUGGACCUGCCUACGUAUGCUUGGAAUGAGAAGAACCACUGGAUACAAUAUAACGGCAACUGGGCUCUCACCAAAGGCAACAUUCCAGAUGGAAUUGAGAACAAAACACUUUCAACGACGAUUCCCGCCAUUCAUACACGACCUACGCCCAUCUCCAGCCUGCGAACAUCCCUAGUCCACAGGGUUAUCGAAGAGAACUUCUCUGGGGUAGCUGGACGAGUUAUCGUUCAAUCAGAUUUGAUGCAAUCGGACUUUUUGGCCGCUGCAUGGGGACACAAGAUGAACGGGACCGGUGUGGUGACUUCAUCGAUACAUGCGGAUAUUGCAUUGACACUGGGAAAACAUCUCCUGCAUAAUCUGGAUUCAAAGAACGACAAGAGUGUCCUUGAUAUGGAAAUAUCGAACCUUGUCGUGCGUGAAGGCUUAGUGGCACAAAAGAAGACUGACACGCCGCAACUCAUUCAGAUCUCUAUCAGUACAUCUGAUAUUAGAUCGGGGAUAGCAUUCAUUGAGAUUCACAAUGCCUCUAGUGAUGGGCUCUCGCUUCUGGACAAUGAUCCUAUCGUGACAGCCCAGGUUGUCUAUGGAAGCGCAAAGGCCUGGCUCUCCAGUUGGGUGCCAUUCCUCCACUUUGUUCAAGGUCGAAUCGAGACGUUGUCACAACUGGCUGACGAUGGUCUGGCAAACAGACUCUCGCAUAACAUGGUAUAUGCGCUUUUUGCCGACAAACUGGUUGACUAUGCAGAGAAGUAUCGCGGCAUGCGCUCUGUGGUACUACACGGACUCGAGGCUUUCGCCGAUGUUACCAUCAAGGCAACUGAUAUAACUGGAACGUGGACGGUGCCUCCUUUCUUCAUUGAUAGUGUGUGCCACUUGGCUGGCUUCGUCAUGAACGUUUCGGACACUAUGGACACAAAGAACAACUUUUGUGUCACCCCUGGCUGGGGAUCCCUUCGCAUGGCUCGCCCGCUGGUGGCUGGAGCCAGUUAUCGAUCUUAUGUGAAGAUGAUUCCUACUGCCGAGGACGCAUCAAUCUAUCUAGGUGACGUCUACGUACUGCAAGGCGACGAAAUUGUGGGUGUCAUGCAGGCUAUGAAGUUCCGUCGCUACCCCCGCAUGUUACUGAAUCGCUUUUUUUCGUCUCCCGAUACCAGAUCCAGUCUCACGAGUGGUGCGAAUGUUCCCGAUACUGGCAAGCUUGCUCAUUCGGGGCUUUUUCCUUCUUCUUCGUCUGCUGCAGAAGUCAUCAGAUCAAACGGGGGCUCACAAUCAGCCGCAGAAUCCCCAAUGAAAGAGAGCUCAAUGGUUGCUCCGGCAAAAGGUUUGCCUCUUCAACAACUGGCUGUCGAUGCAAUAGGCAGCUCUUCUACGGGUAGUACUGUUGGUAAAGCAAUAGCACUGGUGGCUCAUGAAGCCGCUAUGGAGCCGUCUGAUUUGACAGAUGAUGCCACUUUCGCUAGUCUCGGCGUCGACAGCUUGAUGAGUUUGGUCAUCGCUGAACGGCUACGAGAGGAGUUGGGAAUUUCCGUCAGCGGGAGCCUGUUUUUAGAAUACCCAACGGUUGGGGAUUUGCGAACUUGGUUGGCGGAAUAUUAUGGUUGA